AUGAUGAAUGACAAUGGUUUAAAUAACCAUAAAAUGAACAACACAAAUAAUUCUGGUAUUGGAAAUAAUAGAAAUAUAAUGUUUCAGAAUCGUGGAGGAAUUAAUCAAAACUCUUCAAACCCCAAUAUUUCAAUUGGGGCAUCAAAUAAUAUACAUCAUAUAACAACACAAGGAAAUACAAACAAUAAUAUGAUUGGGCAAGGAAUUAACAAUUAUAAUGUUAGUAGUGUUAAUAUACACAGUAUGGGAAACAAUAUUGGAAUGAAUCAUACAAAAAUGAAUAAUAAUAAUAAUAAUGGUAAUACUAAUAAUGGGAAUAAUAAUAUAAAUAAUGGAGAAAUGGGAAUGACAAAUAAUUUUAACAAUGUUCAUGCAAAUCCAGGAUCUUCUAUUCGUGUUGCACCAAAUGAUGAUGAAGAAAAAAAAAAAAUAUAUCAAUUAAUAUUUGACUUAUGUUUUUCUGAAAAAAGAGAAAGUGCAUUAUUAGAACUAUCACGAAAAAGAGAAAAAUAUCAUGAUAUUGCACCAGUAUUAUGGAAUUCUUUUGGAACUAUAACUACCUUAUUACAAGAAAUUGUGUCGAUAUAUCCACAAUUAUCUCCACCUUUAUUAACAACAUCCUCAUCAAAUCGAGUUUGUAAUUCAUUAGCUUUGUUACAAUGUGUUGCUUCACAUCCAGAAACAAAACAACAUUUUUUAAAUGCACAUAUUCCACUAUUUUUAUAUCCAUUUUUAAAUGCAGAAUCAAAAAAUAGACCAUUUGAAUAUUUACGUCUAACGUCUCUUGGUGUUAUUGGUGCAUUAGUUAAGGUCGAUAACCCCGAUGUAAUCAAUUUUUUAUUACAAACUGAAAUUAUACCCUUAUGUUUACGAAUCAUGGAAACUGGAAGUGAGCUAUCUAAAACUGUUGCAACAUUUAUUGUUCAAAAAAUAUUAAUAGAUGAAUUAGGAUUAAAUUAUAUAUGUGCAACUCCUGAAAGAUUUUAUGCUGUAUCAACAGUUUUAUCAAACAUGGUUAAUGCACUAAUUGAAAAUCCAUCAUCAAGAUUAUUAAAACAUAUAGUUCGUUGUUAUUUAAGAUUAUCAGAAAAUCCAAGAGCUUUAGAAGCAUUAAAAUGUUGUUUACCUGAUUCUUUGAAACAUGUAAAUAAAGCUUUUAUUCCAUGUCUUAAAGAAGAUCCAUAUACAAAAAAAUGGUUAAUUCAAUUAUUAUAUAAUAUUAACAAUUCUGAACAAACACAAAAUGUUCCAAAUCAUAUUAAUGCACUAAAUAAUAUUCAUAUUCAUCAUGUCGGACCACAAACUAUCUCGACCCCUCAUCCUGUAAACUCAAAUAACCAUAUCAAUACAUUACCAAAAAAUAACUAUAAUAAUAUUCCACCAAAUAUUAAUGAUACUAUAAUCCAAGAAAAUAAUAACAAUGUCAAAAAUAGUAAUGUAGGAAAUAAAAAUAAUCCCAAUAAUUAUAAGGACCAAACUAAUACAUCUAAUGUCGGUGCAAAUUCGAGUAAUAAUAAUAACAACAUUUCGAACGUAGCUAAUAAGCCAAAUCAUUCAAAAUCAGAAGCAAGCAAUAUAACACCCACUAUGCUUUCAAAUAAUAAUCAACAUAACACAAAUUCACAAAAUACUUCUACACCCAAUAUUAGUAAUAACCCCAAAACGGGUUCUACAAACAAUGAUAAUAUAACAAAAAAUAUUGCCAUGUCAGGCAAUAAUAAUACUAGCUCAAUUAAUGUUGGCAAUGUUGAAGCUUCUAAUACAUCUAACAACGCAGAGAUAGAAACAGUUCCAACAAAUGCAUCUACUAACACACCCUCUACUUCUGCUAAUGCAGAUACUACUGUGUCUAGUAACAAUAAUAAAUAA